CUUUCAAACAAACAGUACUUAAUCGAAACCACCAAUUGACCAUCUUGACGAUUUCCGCGCAUGAUACGCUCUAUUAGCAGCACUGCCCGCCGGGCUUUAUCUCUUCAGGGCCCGCGCGUCGCGUUUGGUGCGCAGCGUCUAUUGGGAGCUCUAGACGCCGUCUCCAUCCCGAGAAGCUCGGGGUCAACGCUGCUGCGGGGUAAGAAUCUGACUAGGAUUCGGCACUUCUCCUCCUCAACGUCGGUGCGGUUCGUAUCAGAUGCGGACUCCACAAUAUAUGCUCUCUCUACGGCUUCUGGGAGGGCUGCUAUAGCAGUCGCGAGGGUAUCUGGCCCGGCGUGUGUACAGAUCUACCAAGCUCUUUGCCCAGGGUCACCGCUUCCUAAACCUCGUGUUGCAACUCUCCGCACGCUCUACGACCCGACCCAGAAACCCUCCAGGAAUACAGUCCUUGACGCCGGCGCCUUGGUCUUAUACUUUCCAAGUCCAAAGACUGUUACAGGAGAGGAUAUACUUGAGCUACAUUUGCAUGGUGGCCCAGCGAUUGUCAAGGCUGUUCUCACUGCUAUAUCCAAAUGUAGCGGACCCGAACGCUUGAUCCGCUAUGCGGAACCAGGAGAAUUCACACGACGUGCCUUUAUGAAUAACCGGCUUGACCUGCCGCAGAUUGAAGCGCUGGGCGAUACACUCUCGGCCGAUACGGAACAGCAACGACGACUCGCUGUGCGAGGUGCGAGUGACGCGCUUUCCAAGCGUUAUGAGGCCUGGCGUCAACAACUUCUCUACGCACGUGGGGAGCUUGAGGCGCUGAUUGAUUUUUCAGAAGAUCAGCACUUCGAUGAGUCGUCAGAUGAGCUGGUCGAGUCUGUCGCAAAGCAGGUGCGUGCUUUGCAACGACAGAUUCGCGCGCAUAUACAAAACGCCUCAAAGGGCGAGCUUUUGCGCAAUGGAAUCAAAGUCGCGCUACUGGGUGCGCCAAAUGCCGGGAAAAGCUCCUUGCUCAAUAGGAUAGUUGGUAAGGAGGCAGCCAUUGUCAGUACCGAGGAGGGAACCACGCGCGACAUCGUGGACGUCGGUGUCGAUCUCGGAGGUUGGUAUUGUAAGCUCGGGGACAUGGCAGGGCUGCGCUCCGAGUCGGCUGAAGGCACUGUAACCAUUGGAGCCGUUGAAAAAGAAGGUAUUCGACGUGCCAAAGCCCGGGCCAUGGAGUCUGAUGUUGUCAUUGUCGUCCUUUCGUUGGAAGAAGGGCGCAACGGUGAAGCCUAUCGAUUGUCAGUUGAGCCAGAGGUCCUGGACGCUGUUAAGAGUUGCUCUGAAUUGAGGAAGUGCAUCAUCGUUGCUAUUAAUAAGUCUGACAGGCUACCCCGGACUGAGCGCCACGAGGCCGGUCGGAUCCCGCAGAGUCUGGCCGAUACCAUCAGCACGUUAUUUCCCGACGUGCCACAAGAUCGGAUCUAUGCUAUCUCAUGCAAGGAAGCGCAGGACGAGUCUGCUAGUGACCCUGAUCCAGGCAUGAUGCAGAAUUUCCUAAAUGGGCUUAUUACAAACUUUGAGAAGAUCGCGGCACCAGUGGGAAUGGAAGAAGGAAACGAACAAUUCAACAUUUCCUACUGGGAGGAUUCUCUUGGAGUAACACACAGACAAAGUUCUAAUCUACAGAAAUGCGCUGAACAUCUUGAUGACUUCUUGAAUCAGACCUCUAUACCCAAAACUCCAGAUGAUGCAAUGCUCGAGACAGACGGGGGUAUCGUAACAGACGUGGAUAUCGUGACAGCGGCGGAACACCUGCGGUUUGCGGCAGACAGUCUCUCCCGGAUCACCGGCAGAGGCGAGAGCGGCGACGUGGAGGACGUCCUAGGUGUCGUAUUCGAGAAGUUCUGUGUCGGCAAAUGAUCCACGUUGCGAAAUGACAGAAUGUCCAAAAAACACGAUCGACCAGAAGUUGGCAAACGAUGACCCAAAUUCCGCGACUUCGAUAUCCGCUCCUCCCUCCACUGCGGAUACUUGAC